UGGAAGCUGCUCUUCACCGGGAUGAUGUGGAGUUUAUCAGUGACCUGAUCGCCUGCCUUCUUCAAGGUUGCUAUCAGCGCAGAGACAUCACAUCCCAGACAUUUCACAGCUACCUGGAGGACAUCAUCAACUACCGCUGGGAGCUGGAGGAAGGGAAACCCAACCCUCUGCGAGAGUCCACCUUCCAGGAGCUACCGCUGCGCACCCGAGUCGAGAUCCUGCACCGCCUCUGUGACUACCGGCUUGAUGCAGAUGAUGUCUUCGACCUCCUCAAGGGCUUGGACGCUGACAGCCUCCGUGUGGAGCCGCUGGGUGAAGACAGCAGCGGGGCUCUGUACUGGUAUUUCUAUGGCACACGGAUGUACAAGGAGGACCCAGUGCAGGCGAAAACCAACGGAGAGCUGGCUCCAGACAGGGGAUGUGGGGGACAGACAAAUACCCCAAACGUUCCUGGGAAAACAGGCAAGAGACGAGGGCGACCCCCAAAGCGGAAAAAACUACUGGAGGAAAAUUUGCUGAGGGAGAAGGCAGAAGAAAACUUGCUAAUCCGUGAGACUCAGAUAAGAAAUGGGUCCCAAGGGCCAGGCCGUGGGACAUGGUGGCUGCUGUGCCAGACGGAAGAGGAAUGGAGGCAGGUCACUGAGAGCUUCAGAGAGAGGACUUCCCUUAGAGAGCGGCAGCUCUACAAACUCUUGAGUGAAGACUUCCUGCCAGAGAUCUGCAACAUGAUUGCACAGAAGGAGAAGCGUCUACAGCGGACAGAGUUUUCUCCCAGGUGGAUGUCUGACCAUCAGCCCAUCAAACCAAUCAAGCAGGAGGUAAACCCAAAUGUGCUCAAUUCAGUGGAGAAGCAGAGGCGCAGAGAGGAAGAAGAGGAGCGCCAAAUCCUUAUAGCAGUGCAGAAAAGGGAGCAGGAGCAGCUGCUAAAGGAGGAGAGAAAGAGAGAGAUGGAGGAGAAGGUCAAAGCAGUGGAAGAACGAGCCAGGAGGAGGAAGCUUCGUGAAGAGCGGGCCUGGCUACUGGCACAGGGAAAGGAGCUCCCACCUGAGCUUUCCCACUUGGAUCCCAGUUCCCCUACCAGAGAAGAGCGAAGGGCCAAGGAUCUCUUUGAACUGGAUGAUGAGUUCACUGCCAUGUAUAAAGUUCUAGAUGUGGUAAAGGCUCACAAGGAUUCUUGGCCUUUCUUGGAACCUGUCGAUGAGUCAUAUGCUCCCAACUACUACCAGAUCAUUAAGGCCCCCAUGGACAUCUCUAGCAUGGAGAAGAAGUUGAAUGGAGGUCAGUACUGCACCAAGGAAGAAUUUGUGGGCGAUAUGAAGACCAUGUUCAGGAACUGUCUUAAGUACAAUGGUGAAGGCAGUGAAUAUACCAAGAUGGCUUACAAUUUGGAGAGAUGUUUCCACCGAGCAAUGAUGAAGCACUUCCCUGGGGAAGAUGGAGACACGGAUGAGGAGUUCUGGAUCAGAGAAGACGGGAGGCGGGAGAAGAGGAGCCGGCGGACUGGCCGCUCCAGUGGUGGCAGUGUUUGGACUCGGUCACGAGACUCAGAGGGACCAGGCAAGAGGCAGCAACGCCUGGAAAAUGGAGGGAAACCUCCACCGUAUCGUGCUACUUCUAGGGCUCCUGCUUCUUCCUCAUCUUCCUCGUCCUCCUCCUUCUCCUCAUCCUCUGCAGAGGAUCCAAGUGGAAACGCCAUGCAGCCUCCUCGAGAAGUGGGCCCUUCCAAUGGGAGAAGUUUCCCCCGCUCGCUGCAGUACGGUGGCAUGCCCAGUCCUGUGCCACAUCCUGGCCAGAUGAGACCAGCCAUACCGGGAACGUUUGGACCCCUACGUGGAUCAGAUCCAACGAAACUCUAUGGCUCGCCAAGAGUGCCAGAGCCCCAUCCUGGAGACCCGGUUCAACAGCACCAGCACUUUGCCAUGCAGCCUGCCGUGGGACUGAGCGAGCACCGAGGGCACAGGCUGGCCACUCCCGAGAAGCAGGUGUGUGCUGGGCCGACCCACAUUGCUGGUCUUGGAUCCCGUCCCAGCGCCUUGCAGCUAGGGUGCAUGAGUGGACCCCCUCCUGACGCCGUCUACUCACCAGCGCAGUUCCAGCAGGGAUUCCUUCCUCCCAGGCACAACGGGCCUCCAGUGAGGCCGCCAGAGGGUUCCGAGAUGCCACCAGGACACAUGUACCGGCCCUACAAGUACCUGAACCGUGGGCACCCUGCCCUGUGGAAUGGCAGCCAUGGAGCCAGCGGCCAGAGUGCAGUGGGGCCAGAAGAGAAGGCACCCAUGGGGCCGACGCCCUCGCUCCAGCCCCGCACCAUCGGCCAUAUGAUGGAACCCCGGGGCAUACGGCCACCUCUGCCUCCCAGCCAGUGGACUGAGCAAUCAAACUUUCUACCUCACGGGGUGCCUCCUUCAGGGUAUAUCAGACCACCUGGGAAAACCACCAGCCAGAGAAUGCCGCAGCCACCAGCCGCUCUUUUUGGGGGACCGCCUCAGGUUCAAAGAGGGUGCCAGGGUGGGGAUUCCAUGAUGGACAGCCCAGAGAUGAUCGCCAUGCAGCAGCUGUCAUCCCGUGUGUGCCCGCCAGGCGUGCCUUACCACCCUCGCCAGCCGCCCCCACCGCACCUUCCUGGGCCCUUUCCCCAGCUGGCUCACGCAGCCUCCACUGGCGUGCCACCCCCAAAGCCUGUCGUUGGGAAUGGGAGCUCACAGGAUCAGACCAUGGAGUCGGAGAGCAACCAAGGUAACUCCCCAUGGCACUAUCCAGAGGCCACGCAGCAGCUUUUCAUCUGUUUUUGCUGCUGCCAGGAACUCUUGAUGUAGAGGAUGCAGCCUAAUGGGUCCUUCUAGCUGUAGAUGUCUCUGUUCAUUGCAGGGAAGUUGGACUAGGUGACCUUUAAAGGUCCCUUCCAACUCAAAUGAUUCUAUGACUUUUGUGCCAAUGGGGAGCAAGGAGCUGUGCCCACUGGAUGGGCAUUCACAAAGAGUAGCUCUACUGCUCUAAACUCUUGGUGUACCAACCUUAACUGUGUUGCUGAUGCACUGUAUCUGUAGAUGUGGCUUUAUUCAGAUUUGCACCACUAAAGAAGAGGGGGAAAAAAAAUAUUUCAGACUCACAGAGUCCAUUUUAAACACUGGCAGAGGCUCAGCAGCAAAAGCGAGUUUUAUUCUAGAAAAGAAUUAAAUUACUGAUCAAAUAGUUUUGGGGCGCAUCAUUUGUAUACAUACUUUUCCUUCUAUAUAUUUCCUGCUCCAGCCAUCACUUAAGUUUUCUUAAGAUUUUUCGUUUCACUGUAGCCUGCCAGAGAUCCCCUCCUUCCCAGUUGUACCUGCAAGUUAUCAGUUUGCCUUUGGGUGCAAAUGCAAAGCACAGUCUGUGAUGCUUCUUACAGCUCACUUGGAUUUAAUAUAAAAAUUGAGUCUGCAAAGAGUUAGGUAAGGAGAGUAAAUGUUGUGUGAGUAAAUGGUUUAAAUACACUUCUUUGAGUAUCUGUCAGUAUGAUUUCUCUGAAAUGCACGUGUGCCUCAUGAGCUUAACGUCUCAAUAUCUUCACAGAGGAGGAGUGCCAGCAAGACGCUGAGCAGACAGGUCAGUUGAGAUAGGAUGGCAACGUGUCAUGUGUGCCACCACAAGUUUCUUUCUAGUGGAAUUUCAUUCACUCUAGCUGGUGAUCUAGAGAUCAAAAAAAACCUUAAACCUAAAGUAGAGAUCAAAAAACCCUAGAGAUCAAAAACAAAUAUUUCAUUAAUUCUAGCUGGUAAACUAGAGAUCAAAAACCUUGUAUUUUUAUCGAUGCCUUGUGUGCCUUACAGUAAGAGGAAACUCUUUCCUUGUGUGGCAUUGCUUAAAACUCAUCAUUUAGCUGUGCUGGAUAUAGAACAGAGACUGGGAGAGAACACUGGGUGAUUUCAGAACAGAGUGGCCACAUCUUUGAGGUUUUUAUGCAAUCUGAUAGUGAAUAGGACAAGGUGGAAUGGCUUUAAAUUAAAAGAUAGGAAACGUAGGUUAAGUAUUAAG